GCACGUUGCCGAAAUGUUCAUGCUCAUUAUUCAUCCUAAACCAUCCAUUGUGAAGUUCUGCCAUCCAGGCGCAACCAAUCUACCAAAUCAAUAGAACUUCAAGCAUUUGCUCACAAUAAUGUUUUCAGGACAUAAAAGCAAGCUCUGUCUACCUCAGUAGUUCAAACGUUCAGAGUCCCCUUUGCGAAGCUUUUAUCACUUCGUAUAUAUCAUGCAUCUCUCUUUCAAGUUCCUCGUCGUCGUUACUACUUUGGCAGCAUGCAUGUCUGUCACAGCCGCACAGUGCAAGUCUUACUUUGAGAUCUGCGAUACGAAAGAUGAUUGCUGCAGUCACAACUGUGCUCUACUUUACGUGAGUAUGAGUAGCUUGCUUUGCAUCCGGUAUUCGACCCUGUUGCUCACCCCUUGCACCUUGCAAUGUCAAUAGCGCAGCGGUCAGAAAGUCUGCCAGUAAGACUGCUUACCGAUGGGCUGGCAGGCCGUCCAUGAGCACAUCUGGACAGUGAUUCGUUGCUGACUUGGUCAAUGUAGUUGUUCCUGGAGUCUGUUACUAUGAGACCCAUGAUAAAACGUGGACUGUGAGACUCAU